UGUUUCAAGCCAUGCUAUGUGAGCGUUUGUCCACAUGUCUGUGUCUGAGGGUCUGCUAUGAAAUUGUGUGUGUGUUGGUCAUGGCUAUGUGUGCAUGUAUGGCUGAAUGUAUGGGUGUAGUAUGGGUGUAAGUGGUUAUGAGUGUCUGUGUGUGCAUAUGGGUGUAAAUGUGUAUGUGUGUGUGUGCACAGGUCCUCUUCUGCACCGUGAAUUGGGUCUGUGUGACUCUGGGGGUGAGUGAGUGUGAUGGUGGCUCCCCGGUGCCGGCUGCCUGCUUGUCUGCAGCUUCUCCUGUCAUCGGAAAUGCCAGGCUAAGAUUGAGGCUGCUGUCAAGGCUGGUAGGUUCUGAGAUGCUGGAAUUUGGGACUCUGGGAACCCAGACUCUUCCCACCUGGGUGGCUGCCCCCUGCAUUCCUCCAUCCAACCAUGAAUUGGUGCAAUGGAAAGAAUAUCCUCAGCCUAUCAACACUGAGAGUGCACCAAAGAAUGUAGUGGACUCGGGAGAAGGAGCCUUCAGGGGUGGAAACACACGGAAAAGCCUCGAGGAAGACGGCUCUACCAGAGUCACCCCGAGUGUCCAGCCCCAUCCCCAGCCUGUCAGUCUUCCCAGAAACAUGAGUGUGAGCCAAACCAUGGAGGACAGUUGUGAGCUGGACCUGGUGUAUGUCACAGAGAGGAUCAUCGCCGUCUCCUUCCCCAGCACAGCCAACGAGGACAACUUCCGGAGCAACCUUCGUGAGGUGGCCCAGAUGCUCAAGUCCAAACAUGGAGGCAACUACCUGCUUUUCAACCUCUCUGAGCGGAGACCUGACAUCACAAAGCUCCAUGCCAAGGUACUGGAAUUUGGCUGGCCCGACCUCCACACCCCAGCCCUGGAGAAGAUCUGCAGUGUCUGCAAGGCUAUGGACACUUGGCUCAACGCAGACCCCCACAAUGUCGUUGUUCUCCACAACAAGGGAAACCGAGGCAGGAUAGGAGUUGUCAUCGCCGCUUACAUGCACUACAGCAACAUCUCGGCCAGCGCUGACCAGGCACUGGACCGGUUUGCAAUGAAGCGUUUCUAUGAGGAUAAGAUUGUGCCCAUUGGCCAGCCAUCCCAGAGAAGGUAUGUGCACUACUUCAGCGGCCUGCUUUCUGGCACCAUCAAAAUGAACAACAAGCCCUUGUUUCUGCACCAUGUGAUCAUGCACGGCAUCCCCAACUUCGAGUCUAAAGGAGGGUGUCGCCCAUUUCUCCGGAUCUACCAGGCCAUGCAACCUGUUUACACGUCUGGCAUCUACAAUGUCCAAGGAGACAGCCAGACCAGCAUCUGCAUCACCAUCGAGCCUGGGCUGCUUUUGAAGGGAGACAUCUUGCUGAAGUGCUACCACAAGAAGUUCCGGAGCCCAGCCCGAGAUGUCAUCUUCCGUGUGCAGUUCCAUACCUGUGCCAUCCAUGACCUGGGGGUUGUCUUUGGGAAGGAGGACCUUGAUGAUGCCUUCAAAGAUGAUCGAUUUCCAGAAUAUGGAAAGGUGGAAUUUGUAUUUUCUUAUGGACCAGAGAAAAUUCAAGGCAUGGAACACCUGGAGAACGGGCCAAGCGUGUCAGUGGACUACAAUACCUCUGACCCCCUCAUCCGUUGGGAUUCCUAUGACAACUUCAAUGGGCAUCGCGAUGAUGGCAUGGAGGAGGUUGUGGGACACACACAGGGGCCGCUGGAUGGGAGCCUGUAUGCCAAGGUGAAGAAGAAGGACUCUUUGAAUGGCAGCACUGGGGCCGUCAACGCCACACGUCCUGCCCUGUCGGCCACUCCCAACCACGUGGAACACACCCUGUCCGUGAGCAGUGACUCGGGCAACUCUACAGCCUCCACCAAGACAGACAAGACUGAUGAGCCUGCCCCCGGCUCCUCCAGUGCCCCUGUUGCCCUGAGUCCCGAGGAGAAGCGCGAGCUAGACCGUCUGCUCAGUGGCAUCGGCUUAGAGCGAGAGAAGCCAAGCACCAUGUACCACACCCAGCAUCUCCGGUCCCGCCUGGCAGGGGGCCCUGCUGUCCCCUCCUCCGCCCGCCACGUUGUCCCAGCCCAGGUUCACGUCAACGGCGGGGCCUUGGCAUCUGAGCGGGAGACAGACAUUCUGGACGAUGAGCUGCCCAAUCAGGAUGGGCACAGCGUGGGCAGCAUGGGAACCCUGUCCUCCCUGGAUGGGAUCACCAACACCAGUGAGGGGGGCUACCCAGAGGCCCUGUCCCCAUUGACCAAUGGCCUGGACAAGCCCUACCCCGUGGAACCUAUGGUCAAUGGCGGGGGCUACCCCUACGAGUCUGCCAGCCGAGCAGUGCCUGCGCAUGCUGGCCACUCGGCCCCCAUGCGGCCCUCCUACUCCACACAGGAGGGUUUAGCUGGCUACCAGCGGGAGGGCCCCCACCCAGCCUGGCAGCAGCAAGUGACCACCUCCCACUAUGGCCACGACCCCAGCAGCAUGUUCCGCUCUCAGUCUUUUCCGGAAACUGAGCCCCAGCUGCCCCCCGCUCCAGCCCGGGGUGGAAGCAGUCGGGAGGCUGUGCAGAGGGGCCUCAAUUCCUGGCAGCAGCAGCAGCAGCAGCCUCGCCCGCCUCCUCGCCAGCAGGAAAGAGCCCUCUUGGAGAGUGUUGGGCCCUGCAGGCCCGGCCCCCAGCCAUUGGCAGAGACCCCCAUGCCUGGCCUCCCUGAGUUCCCCAGGGCAGCCUCCCAGCAGGAGAUUGAGCAGUCCAUUGAAGCCCUUAACAUGCUGAUGCUGGAUCUGGAGCCGGCUGCAGCUGCUGCCCCCCUGCACAAGUCCCAAAGUGUCCCUGGGGCCUGGCCAGGGGCCUCCCCACUCUCCUCCCAGCCUCUUUCUGGCUCCUCCUACCAGUCCGGUCCACUGACCCAGUCCAGAUCUGGCUACAUCCCCCGUGGGCAUUCCUUGGGAACCCCUGAGCCGGCCCCACGAGCUGCCCUGGAGUCUGUCCCUCCUGGCAGGUCUUACUCACCUUAUGAUUAUCAGCUGUGUCCAGCUGGGCCCAACCAGAGUUACCGUUCAAAGAGCCCAGCUUCCUCCUCUUCCUUGCCCACUUUCCUUCCAUCCAACCACAGCCCUCCAGGGCCUCAGCAGCCCCCGGCCUCUCUCCCUGGCCUCACCACUCAGCCUCAGCUUCCACCAAAGGAGGUGACUUCAGAUCCAUCCCGAACUCCAGAGGAGGAGCCCUUGAACCUGGAGGGGCUGGUGGCCCACCGGGUAGCAGGGGUGCAGGCUCGGGAGAAGCAGCCUGCAGAGCCCCCAGCUCCUCUCCGGAAGCGGGCGGCCAGCGAUGGACAGUAUGAGAACCAGUCUCCAGAACCCUCAUCUCCCCGGAGUCCUGGGGUUCGCUCCCCUGUUCAGUGCGUGUCCCCGGAGCUGGCUCUCACCAUCGCGCUCAAUCCUGGAGGGCGGCCCAAAGAGCCCCAUCUGCAUAGCUACAAGGAGGCCUUCGAGGAGCUGGAGGGAACCUCUCCUACCAGUCCACCACCCAGUGGGGUGCGCUCUCCACCAGGUCUGGCCAAGACACCCCUGUCAGCUCUGGGCCUGAAACCCCACAACCCAGCAGAUAUCCUGUUGCACCCUAAGGGCGAGCCCCGGAGCUACGUUGAGUCGGUGGUGCGGACGGCAGUGGCUGGGCCACGAGCUCAGGACCCUGAGCCCAAGAGCUUUAGUGCCCCAGCAGCCCAGGCCUAUGGCCAGGACACACCCCUGAGGAACGGGACCCUGGGUGGCUCCUUUGUCUCCCCUAGCCCCCUCUCCACCAGCAGCCCCAUCCUCAGCGCUGACAGCACUUCAGUGGGGAGUUUCCCAUCCGGAGAGAGCAGUGACCAGGGCCCCCGGACACCCACCCAGCCUUUGCUGGAUUCCGGCUUCCGCUCCGGCAGCCUGGGCCAGCCCAGCCCCUCAUCGGCUCAGAGAAGCUACCAGAGUUCUUCUCCUCUUCCAAACGUGGGCAGCAGCUACAGUAGCCCUGACUACUCACUUCAGCAGUUCAGCUCCCCAGAAAGCCAGGCCCGGUCUCAGUUCAAUGCGGCUGGUGUCCACCCGGUACCUGGGAGCCCUCAAGCACGCCACAGGACAGUGGGCACCAACACUCCCCCUAGCCCCGGCUUUGGCCGCCGAGCUGUCAACCCUGGCAUGGCUGCCCCCAGCAGCCCCAGUUUGGGUCACCGCCAGGUGAUGGGCCCACCAGGAACUGGUUUCCAUGCUAACACGGUCUCUAGCCCCCAGAGCAGUGCAGCGACUACUCCAGGAAGCCCCAGCCUGGGCCGGCACCCUGGGGCCCACCAGGUUCCAGGCCUCCAUGGCAGUGUGGCCGUAACUCCAGGGAGCCCCAGCCGGGGCCAGCACCCUGGGGCCCACCAGGCCUCAGGCCUCCAUGGCAAUGUGGCCACCACUCCAGGGAGCCCCAGCCUGGGCCGGCAUCCUGGAGCCCACCAGGGCAACUUGGCCUCCAAUCUCCAUGGCAACACAAUAGCCAGCCCCGGGAGCCCCAGCCUGGGCCGUCACCUUGGAGGGUCUGGAUCCGCGGUUCCUGGCAGCCCCAGCUUGGACCGGCAUGUGGCCUAUGGCGGCUACUCCACCCCUGAGGACCGGAGACCCACGCUGUCUCGGCAGAGCAGUGCCUCUGGUUACCAGGCUCCUUCUACACCCUCCUUCCCUGUGUCCCCUGCCUACUACCCUGGCCUGAGCAGCCCUGCCACCUCCCCCUCGCCAGACUCGGCAGCCUUCCGGCAAGGGAGUCCAACACCGGCCUUGCCAGAGAAGUGGAGGAUGUCCGUGGGAGACCGAGUCGGCAGCCUCCCCAACUAUGCCACCGUCAAUGGGAAGGUGUCCUCCUCGCCUGUUGCAAGCGGCAUGUCCAGUCCCAGUGGGGGCAGCACUGUCUCCUUCUCACACACUCUGCCUGACUUCUCCAAGUACUCCAUGCCAGACAACAGCCCAGAGACCCGGGCUAAAGUGAAAUUUGUCCAGGAUACUUCCAAGUAUUGGUACAAGCCCGAGAUCUCCAGAGAGCAGGCCAUCGCUCUCCUGAAGGACCAGGAGCCAGGGGCCUUCAUCAUCCGGGACAGUCACUCCUUCCGAGGAGCCUACGGGUUGGCCAUGAAGGUGUCUUCUCCCCCUCCGACCAUCAUGCAGCAGAACAAGAAAGGGGACAUGACCCAUGAGCUGGUGAGACAUUUCCUGAUAGAGACUGGUCCCAGAGGAGUCAAGCUCAAGGGGUGCCCCAAUGAGCCAAACUUUGGAUCUCUCUCUGCCCUGGUCUACCAACACUCCAUCAUCCCACUGGCUCUGCCCUGCAAGCUGGUCAUUCCAAACCGAGACCCCACAGAUGACUCGAAAGAUAGCUCGCGCCCUGCCAACUCAACCACCGACCUGCUGAAGCAAGGGGCAGCCUGCAACGUGCUCUUCGUCAACUCUGUGGACAUGGAGUCACUCACUGGGCCACAGGCCAUCUCCAAAGCCACUUCUGAGACACUGGCUGCUGACCCCACACCAGCUGCCACUAUUGUUCACUUCAAAGUUUCUGCCCAGGGAAUUACACUGACUGACAACCAGAGAAAGCUCUUCUUCAGACGACACUACCCUCUCAACACUGUCACCUUCUGUGACCUGGAUCCACAGGAGAGAAAGUGGAUGAAGACCGAGGGAGGUGCCCCUGCUAAGCUCUUCGGCUUUGUGGCCCGGAAGCAGGGCAGCACCACGGACAACGCCUGCCACCUCUUUGCUGAGCUUGAUCCCAACCAGCCUGCCUCUGCCAUUGUCAACUUCGUCUCCAAGGUCAUGCUGAGUGCCGGCCAGAAGAGAUGAACUCACCCCAUGCCCUGGGCCAGGGCAGUGGGGAUGGGGCAUGUGGGGAGGGCACCCGUGAAUCCUGACCACCUUUAAUCCAGGAGGAGGACUUGGGGCCAAUUUUGGAGAAGGAGAGAAGAAAGUGCAACAUGGGGAGAGGAAGGUGCAUUGCAGAGGGGAGGGGGAGGGGGAGAGGCGGAAAGAAAAGGCUGGAAGAGGGUAACGCGGAUUUUCUUGGGUAGAUGGGCCCUGCGAGCCCCCAACGCCUCCCAAACUAACCAGGUCCACCUAACCCCUCGCGCCCUCCCAGAGGAUGGGGCUCCUCGAAGGAGGCAAAACUGACCUCUUUGGGGAUCCAUAUUUUGGGGGAAAAUGGAAAAGUGUCUCCCUAGCCCAACUGCUUUGCAAGGAGAAAUCAAGUCAAGAGAAUCUUUUUCUGGCCACCCCUAGGGUACAUUGUCAAACCAAAAAGAGCCAGCCUGGGAUAUCAUGUGGCAGAACUUUUGCUUUUGAAAGUAUCUCAGACCCGAGGCACCUAAGGUCUCUGUGCUCUGCCUCUGAUGUAUAGUUUGCGUGGGUGUGUGUGGGGCGUGUAUAUGUUUCCCCAGCAGAGACAAACUGCUUGUGAGCAGAGGCCACAUCCUCACACUCUGAUUUAUAUUUGCCUCAGCUAGAAUUAUGAACAGGUGUGCUUGUCCAUGUUCCACGUGUUCGCACACACGUGCAUACUGUCCAAAGACGGUCAGAGUUGGGGUGACUCAGCAUCAGGGAGGGGACAUUGGCCUUCUUCCCCAGGAGCACCGAGGAAUAUGGGUAAGAGAUUCUGCCUUGGUCCCUGUACCUGCACUCUGGUGGCCCUGAGUGCUGCCAGCCCCCUCUUCUUGACCAAGACCCCAGCAGGAGUGGGGCCGGCCACCCUGCAGCAUUACCCUUGUUUGGCCUUGACCAGGAGGCAGGACCAUUGGUUGCAAGAGAUGAAGACAUGCGUUUCCAUAGCCUUGGGGAAGAGAUCCAUCAGCCACAAAGGCUGUUGACCUCCAGGCAUCUUCCCCAAGUUGUGUGGCCCAGCAGUGAGGUGGGCAGGCUGCUCCCACCAGCUCCCAGCCCUCAACCCAUUCUUGGGUUUCACGCUCACACCAGCCUUAUCUCAGACCGGCUUAUCUGCAUGAUAUCUUUUUGGGUGCUGGGGAUUGAGCCUUCCUGAUCUGCCCAGCCCUGUUCUGUCCUGCAGGGUCCCCAUGUUGGGCUCAUCCUGGGGAACCUGCUUCCAAGAGCCCUGCUCAGCAAGGCCCAGGGGAAUUGCCUAUAAUCCUGUCCUCCCCUUGGCAAGGACUUGGGGUCUGACUUCUGCUGGGCUGUCCAGGGUGACUGAGCAGAGCUCUUGGGCUGCUGCCUGCAUACCACAUGGCCUAUGUACAAUACCAAAGCCUUGCUGUUCCCCCUCUGCCUCGGUUUCCCCAGCAGAGACAAGCUGCUCGUGAGCAGAGGGCAGAAGGCACACAUUUAGGCCAAAAGGGCCUAGAGUCCAUCUGGGCAAUUGGGAACCCCCCGACCUCCACCCAAGGACUCUCAGCUGGAAUGGAAACUUCACCAGGACUCCAUUCUUGAGGGGCUUCUAAGCCUCUGGGGUCUCCUAGAGAGAGGCGUUGUAUUGAUAUAUAAAUAUAUAUAAUAUAUAUGUGAGACAUACUGACAGAAUCUGUAAGCUAAUAAAAUAUAAGAAAAGGUUAAAAAAAAGAGUAGGUAAAUUGACAAGAAGUAUUUAUUGUUUUCCCAUGUUGCUCUAUUGCCUCCCUGGGCAUAAACCAAUUCCCAUCCCUCUUCACGUGUAUAAGUGGAGCCUGAAAUGUAGGGGCCAUUAUCCUUGGAGCAAUCAGGGGUCUCCUUGCCCUGGCCUUGGCCUUCCCUAGACUUUGUCUGGGGCUCAGCAGGGAGGGGUGCAUGUGUUCCAUCUUCAUUGGCCCCCUAUUUUCUGGUGAGCCCAGGCCUUGGCCAUCAGGCCCCGAGAUGAGCCCAUUCACCAGGGCUCGAGCGAGCGUGAGCCAGCAGAGGCCACGGGUAAGGGUGGUGGGCAUGGGUAAGGUGUGCGUCUCCUGUAUUUUUCUCCUCCAAGAAGCUGUAUCUGUGUGGACACACUAUUUCAGGGAGUUGGAGAGUGUCUAAAGAAGGCAGGGAACAGUCCUCAGCUUCCCAAAGAUUGAAACCUUGUGCUUGGUGACUAAGGUUCUUCCAAAGUGCUCUUCCUUCUGAGGCUUUCAAGCCAGAGGCUGGGAUUUCCCUCUCCUCAUUCCCUACUUAGCCCUCUCUCUUCCCAGAUAGGAGAGAUUCCACCCCCUUCCUCUGUAAAUAUCUUAACCUCCCACUGGACAGCCUGGGACUCUCUCCUCCUGGUCUGGAUUCCUCUCCACACUGAGGCCGGGCGGAGUGUCAGACCCUUGGGCAGACCCGGGCUGGGGGGUCAGCCAUCUCAUAUGCUUGCCCACCGCCCACCGCAGCCCGCUGCCCGGCAUGGCCAGCCCACCACUCAGGCCCAGCUGAAUGUGAUUCCUCAAGCAGGACCUAGGGGGUGCUGGGAAGCUGAUCUGCUUGCUCUGGUAUCACUGUGGAGGGAGUCAGUCUCCUAGAGUUUGGCCUUUCCAGAAGAAUGAUGGGGAAGGCACCUCAGUCUCCACAGUGGCCCCCCCUUCUGGAUCAGACACUGGUUGGGAAGACACUGUAGUCCUCCUGUCUCACAGGGUAGGCUGGUGCACCCAUGCGCACGCGUGUGCACACACACGCACACACACACACAGCAGCAGCAGCACUGCAGUAUAUUCUUGCCAAAGAUGUCCUUUAAAAGAAAGCACUUUUAAUAAUUAUUAUUAUCGCGUAAAUGUUUAUCAUUUUUCUCUCCUCCCCCUCCCUCAACAUACUCGCUGUUGUUUAGUGUUGAAUCUGUUUGUCAGCCAGGAGAGUGCUGUCUGGUCUUGAAAAUAAGCUGGGGGUGGGGGUGGGGAGGGGCCUGGGAGCCACACGGUCAACUUGUGAGUCAGCAACACAGCCCUAGGCAGGCUCAGCCCGGGCCCCAGGCCCAGCUUGCUUUUGGCUGUCCAGCCAGGCCUCUGAGGCAGGCCUUCCAGCACAGCAGGGAGACAGGCCCAGGGAUGGCCGGCCGCGUGGCUCUUCCAAGGUGGAACUAGAGGGGAAGCUGGGCACGGGAACAGUGGGAAGGUGACCCAGAGGGGAAAUCGGGAGGAAGUGAGCUGUCUGAUCAGCCUCCAGGGGUGACUGGAAUCCCCUACCCUGAGAUCACGGUGUUCUGGCUCCCUUAUCUAGCCAGGUGUUUGAGGACAAACACGUUAUGUCCUAGGUUUGGAAAGGCCUUUGAUCCCGGUGCUCAUGGAAACCUUUCCUGCAGCUGCUCCAAAAGCUUGUGGACGGCCAGGAUUCCUCUGCACUGGGUUCUGGGGAGUCCCUGGGUGUGUCUGAACUGGCAGGACAGGGUGAUAGGCUUGGUGGUUGUGUAACCAUAAGAGAAGGCAGCUGGCUGGACAGGUGGACCCUUCCCUGAAGGGACCCCCAGGAGGGAGAUGAAUAGGGAGUUCGCGGCCUUCCUCUGACGGGCAUGAGCGGAGGUUGGGCAGACUCCUCAUGCUCUCCAGGGCUAUGGAGGAAUCUGUAGGUGGAACAGCACCGAUGCCCCGGACAGGGACCACCACCCUGCCUCCUGGGUCUUCUCCCUUCUUUGUUUUUUUCCUAGCUUCAGGACCUGGGGAGAUUAAGUUGGCCAAUGCCCAGACCAAAGGUGGCCUCCUGGCCCUACAUGCCCCCACACUCGGGGUCCUUGGAAAAGUCAGAGGCUGGGCCCUGGAGCCACUCUUCACCCAGGUCCAGGCCCCGGAAUCUGCAGACUAGAGACCCCAGGCCAGUGGUAACACAGGACGUGUGUGCGCGUGCGUGCAAGUGUGGGUGUAUGUGUGUGCGUAUUUUGCUCAUCUCUCUAGGGAACUUAGAGUCGGGUUGGAGGAGGUGGGCAAUAGGAGGAUGUCAAGUUCAAUAUCAUCCAGCGCGGAAGGAAUCAGGAGGCGAGGCCUGAAGGGCACCGACCGGUGGAAUCUCAGUGUGGGUGAUGGGGCGGGGCUCAGAUGUCUGAAAUGUUGGAGGGGGACCUCUGUUUAUUUCCUGCACCGGACUCUUCCCAGCAGCGAGCUAGUUGUAGAGGGAUGUCCCAAGUUUGUUUUCUAAUCAGUGUUAAGCAGUGUGAGACUCUCCUGCGUCCGUGUUUGGUGUGUGUGUGUGCGAGGAGCGCAUCCGUGUUUGCAUGCUGUUUCCUGACUUCUCUCCUCCCUCUGACAUGUCACUCAAAACAAAUGUAAGCAGUUUCUUCCUGCCCCACCCCAUUCCUGCUCCCAGGACCUCUGCAGGAGAAACAGAACAACCUGCCAUCCUCCUUCCUCUCGCCCCCUGAUUGUAUUUAUAUAGAUGGAAAUAUACUUUCUAUUUUGUAUCUUUGUGCCUAUAAUCUCCGCCGCCUUGUAUAAACCCCAAUUACGCUACUUACCCUGGAUAUGAAUGUGUUGUACACUGAGGCUGUCCCGCUCCUGUACAGCGGCUUUGUUUCUUUGCAAUCCAUUGUAUGGCUUUAUAAAUGAUAAAGUGAAAGAAAAACCA